AUGUCAAAUCGUUAUAUUUAUACAUUUUGUGUUUCGAGGUCGACGAGUCGCACACUCAUAUGGAAAUUAGACCACGAUCAUUUCUUUUAUGAUAUAACAAAAACUAGUCAACAAAUUCAGCAAGCUUUUGAUGACUGGGCUAGCUACACUAAAUUAACUUUUCGUCAAGCGACUGCACAAGAAAAGGCUGAUUUUCAUUUGGUUUUUGCAUAUGGCAAUCAUUCAGAUGAAUAUCCAUUUGAUGGGCGUGAUGGAGUUCUAGCGCAUGCCUUUCCUCUUGAACACCACCAUCGUGGGUAUGUUCAUUUUGAUUCAUCUGAAAUAUGGUCAGACAAUUCCAAUAUUGCAGACAAUGCCCGAUGGAUACAGAAAGCGGUGACUGUUGCUGGAGGUCAUGGAGAAGGCAAUGCUACCAAUCAACUUAAUCACCCUCGUGGUCUCUUUGUUGAUGAUGAUCAAACAAUAAUCAUCGCUGACACUGACAAUCAUCGUAUCAUACAAUGGAAGAUAAAUAAGACGAAUGGACAAGUGGUAGCUGGUGGUAAUGGCCAAGGAAAUCGAUUGGAUCAGUUAGAUCGACCAACUGAUGUAUUAAUCGACAAAGAGACAUAUAGUCUCAUUAUUUGUGAUCGAGGAAAUCGACGAAUCGUACGAUGGUCUCGUCAUAGCGGAGCAACUCAAAGAGAAAUCCUUAUCGACAACGUCGCUUGUCGAACAUUGGCCAUGGAUGAUCAGAAAUGUCUCUACAUUUCUGACGCCGACAAAAAUGAAGUAAGACGAUAUCAAAUAGGAGACAAGAAUGGAACUAUAGUGGCUGGUGGCUAUGGCAAAGAUGAUGGUCUCAAUCAACUCAAUGAUCCGUACUUCAUCUUUGUCGAUCAUCAACAGGUUGUCUAUGUGUCAGACAAAGACAAUCAUGCCGUGAUGCAAGGGAAAAACGGAGCAAAAGAAGGAAUUGUCGUCGCCGGAGGCCAAGGCUACGGGAGCGCUCUGGCACAAUUAUCGUAUCCUUACGGACUGUUCGUUGAUACGUUGGCUACCAUCUAUGUAUCGGACUCGUUGAAUAAUCGAGUGGUGCGUUGGCCUAAAGGAGCGAAACAGGGCACGGUCAUUGUGGGUGGAAAUGGUUAUGGAGAAGGAGCAAAUCAAUUCAAAGGUCCCGUCGGUUUGUCCUUCGAUCGGCAUGGCAAUCUCUAUGUAGUUGAUCAUUGGAAUAAUCGUGUUCAACGAUUCUCUAUCGAAUAG